AAAUUAAAUAAAUAAAAUUAUUCUUCUACACAGCUCAGAUCGAAAUUGGCGCCCCUUUCUCUCUCUAAAAAAUACUUCAAUUAUUUUCGAAAAAAUUGAAAUUAAUCCCACAACAUUCUUUCAAAUUCUCUGCUAAUUCGUAUCAACAAUGUCUACUCGUCGUCGUACCCUGCUCAAAGUCAUCGUUCUUGGUGAUAGUGGGGUUGGGAAGACGUCGUUGAUGAAUCAAUAUGUACAUAAGAAAUUUAGUCAACAAUACAAGGCAACGAUUGGGGCGGAUUUUGUGACUAAAGAGCUUCAAAUUGAUGAUAGACUUGUUACACUACAAAUUUGGGAUACAGCUGGGCAGGAAAGGUUCCAGAGCCUCGGCGUUGCGUUUUAUAGAGGAGCUGAUUGCUGUGUUCUUGUCUAUGACGUUAAUGUGAUGAAAUCUUUUGAUACCCUCGAUAAUUGGCACGACGAGUUUCUCAAGCAGGCUAAUCCUCCAGAUCCAAAGGCGUUCCCGUUCAUUUUACUGGGAAACAAGAUUGACAUAGAUGGUGGAAACAGUAGAGUGGUCUCUGAGAAAAAAGCAAAGGAUUGGUGUGCUUCAAAGGGAAUACCUUAUUAUGAGACUUCAGCCAAAGAGGAUAUUAAUGUUGAUGCUGCUUUCCUAUGUAUUGCCAAAGCUGCAUUAGCCAAUGAGCGUGAGCAGGACAUAUAUUUCCAAGGCAUUCCUGAAGCAGUUCCCGAAACUGAGCAAAGAGGUGGAUGUGCAUGCUGAGCUAGUGGGCUGUAUUGAGAUUUGAGAGGCUAUGGUUGUAAAAUUCAUCAUUCUUUAUGAUAAACCACAACCCUUUUUUGUUGGGUUCUUGUACACUAUGCUGUGAUUCACCCUGUAAAAGUAAAAGAAUUUCCUUCUGUUGGCAUUUUGGUUUAGGUUAUCUUAUUCUAGGGGCAGUUGCAGUUUUUCAUGCAAUUGUUUUUAGACCCGGAGCCAUUGGUAGUUGCGGUUUUGGAGGAACGUAAUUCAGUUACCUGUGAUAUGAACAUUGCCUCAUCCCCAUGUUUUAUUGUCAAGUAACUUAAGUUACAGGGGGCACUGAGCUACAAAUAUGAAUAUAUUUACAUAUUGCUCUUAUUAAAUUCAAGCAAAGCAUUUUUGUUA